AUGGUGGAAAUUCGUGCGGCCAUCCAGAUAAAGUACGAGUCGGAGAGGCCAAUCCUCAUCCCCAAGGAUCUGGUGAAGCUGUCCAAGGACAAGCAGUGGCUCCAACUUCGGCCCACUUCCCAACCCAUAAUUGAGUUGCUCACAGGCCAGAGACCCGACAAGAAUGCUAGUCUGUCGGGUUCUACGGCCAUGGCCAAUCUCAUCAAGAAGAGGAACCAGAGCUUCGACCAACCAGCAACACCAGCAGAGCAACUUUUCGAUGCUCCAGAGCCAGGCUCAGGAAAGAAGUCGACCAGAAAGAGGUCUCUUCCAGACAACCAAGAAGAAGAAGUUACCAUGGACAUCAAUGGUUCCAAAGUCACCUGCUUGAUGAGUGGCAAGAGGCCAAGGAAGUGCGAUCUCACCAUCCAACUCGAACAGCACCAGAUCGAGACCAGCAUCAAGACCAUUCGCAAUGAUGAGGAUACGGCCCAAGAUAUACCAGACAAGGCCACAGCCGCACAGAAGCCAGAAGCCAUGGCUGUCCCUCCAGCUGUGGUCCAAGAGGUGGAGGCCAUUGUGAAUGGCCGCGAGCCAGUGAACACCAGAGUCACCAAGGUCUUGCAGGUGCUGGAGCACCAUGGCCUCUGCCAGCAGCAGACCUUGGUUCCAAGCCAAGUUCUUUGCCACCCCUCCAACCGGGGAGGGCAGAUGGUGUCCCACUUUGACGUUUGGGCCAAGGGACACCAACUCUUGGCAGUUGGCCUGCAAGUGCAUCUGCUCCAAGGGUCCAUUUGUCUCCAGAUGUCCACGGACCCCCAAAAGCGCCAGCAGCAGGUUUGGAGGAACCAGCAGCUGGUCCAGGAGAGCAAGGGCUCCCUGGCCCCAGUCAGAUACCUAUCCCUUGCCAGCAGCCACACCACGGCAUUCUUGAGAUGCCUGGAGCAUGGGACCACGGAUCCCAGUGGCAAAGCCAUCUCCGUGCCCAAGACAGACCCAGUCUGGUCCGCCAUCCAGACCGGGUGGCGGUGGCAUGUGGUGGCCUCCAGUGUGGAAGAAGCCAUGCCAAGCCUUCCACAGUUCUUCCAAGUCGGAGCCAACUCUGGCAAUGCCAUUGGCAGAGCCACCAGCGAGUUGGAAGCAGCCUGCCAAAUAGCCAUUCAAGUGCAAAUGGGAGCCAGUCUGGAGUCGGCAAUCCAGUCCGUUGCCAGCGGCGAAGUUGCCUGCAGGCAGAGCCUCCCAGCCAUAGGGCAUUAUGUCUCGAGAUAUUCUGGAGGCACAAGCUUUCCAUUGCUGAAAUUCCUUUCCCACUUCUCCUCCACCUACGGCACCACGUGCAUGAUGGGCCAGGAUUUCAUGGAGGCGUUGUCGCACACCACCUUCCCAGACCCUGGCAACCUUUACCCAUUGCUCCGCACAGCUCUAUGGGCAACCCAGUGCACAUCCACCAAACAGCAAGACGGCUUCGCACGACUCCUCACCAGAGCCGACGUCCAGAGACUGUCGUCGCCACAGAACAUGGAGUCCGUCAGGACGGCGGAGUCCAUGCUUUCGGAUUCCUGGAAACUGGUCCAGAGCCAGCUUCCAGAAGGCACCAGCACCAAUGCCGGCAGCAACCAUCUUUACAAGUGUUUCGGCAAGUUUUGCGUCAGAGCCAUCUUGUUUCUGACCAAAAAGGAAAAGCUUGGCCCUGAUGCCCAGCAGAAGCUGGAGUCCCUGGCCCAGAUUCUCGACCUUUUCACCCAGGACGUUUCCAAGGUCAAGCAGGCCACCCCAGCUGCAGAGGCAAAGACCAUCAAGGAUGCAGUCUCUGCCCAGCCAUGGGAAGCCACCUUGCUCCAGAACACCCACAUCAAGGUGGGCGACCAGUACACCUUGCCAAAGGAGCACGGAGCCAAGGUCUACCAGCUCCUGCAAAUCAGCAACGAGGGUGGGACCAUGGAGCACAGGCCAGUGCUCCAGGCACCGGAGACAGUUUUUGUGCCGCUGGCGGGGCUGGGGAAGUGGCGGGUCUCCCGCCACUCCAUGCCAGCCAUCGGCCCAGCCGACAUCAUAACCAGGGGACUCCCAUCCAGCCAUGCCAUGGCCCAGGAGGACUUCCAAAAGGCAGCUGUGGUCACGGCACUCCACCAAUGCUACCAGGAGCAGUCGGUCGAGGACUUGGAACUCCUUUGCAUGGCUUCCAGUCCCCAGGCACUGUAUGCCAAGAAAGCCAUUGCCAGCAAAAAGCUCAAGCUGGUUCCAUUGGGUUCCAUCAGCAAAGUGAAGACAGGCCAGAAGCCGCCCAAGCUGGCCAUUCAGGCCUUCGGCCAUGACUGGGCCAUUGGAAGCUGGAAGCAGGACCUCCAGUUCCAGGCAGAGGGCACCAUCGUGCCAUUUUUCUGGUGCAGGACAGCAGAGGGCGAGGAUGAGGGCAACAUGGUCUUGACUACGAUCAAGCAGGGGCCAUGCACCGUGCCCAUCCUCCAUAACCCUGCGAAGAUCCAAGCCAAUGAGCAAAUCUUGCAGAAGGUCGAGGAGGAAGCAGCCACGUCGGCUUCAGCCAAGAAAAAGCCCAGGAAGGGCUGA